ACGUUCCUACCGGAGGUCACACUCACCGACCGGUUCCUUGUCAGCCUAUCAACUGACUACCGCCUAGAGCUAUGGAGGCGAUCAUUCUCUUCCGCCGAGCAGGCAUACGAGGCUGCGCGUCAGUACCAUAGGAUGUGCAGUAGCUUCUCCGUCGCCCCAUCCUCUUCGCGACCAGCCGCCACCUCCCAAUCUCGUGGUACCACCAGAGGCCGCUCCUCGUUUGCUGGUCGUUUUCGUCGCCAGGCUCGACAUGGAGCGCCAUUCUCUCGGCACUAUAAUUCUCUCGAGUAUGGAGAGGAUGCCUCAACCGAGCUCGACCCUACCGUUGGGGACGCCCCCGAGGACAUCGAGCUUCGGGACGUCAUCCAGUAUCACUUGGAUGACGACACUGUCCCAGUGGCCGAGCGCCUGCAGAUAGCCAUGCCUGCCAUGGGUCGUGCACGCAGUCGGGUGGCACAAGCUGGCACCCGCACACCCACCGUUCCCCAAAUAGACCUCCCGCAGGGUUUCGUCCUUCCUCGCGGAGCUCUAUCUCCUGAGGAGCGUGCCGCCCUCGAGGCUCGUCGCGGCUGCCUUCGUUGCCGCCUGGAUGGAUACACCUCCUCACGGUGUCCAUACCAUACCGCCCUCGAUCGACACUACGCUGAUAUCUCUCGUGAGCGUCGAUAUCAAUCCCCCCGGCCCCGCCCGGCCAGCCCCACCCACCUAGCCAUGGUGCAGUGUGCCCUUGAGGCCUCGCACGUAGCCGACUUCCCGAUCACCGAGUCGCGGUUUGCCCCUUUGGCUACCCCACCAAAGAAUCCUCAGGACAUGACAGACGCAGUUCUCUCUGCCCCGUCGUCUGUCGAGGUAUCGUCUGCCUCCCAGCAGACCGCCGCAUCUAGCGCUUCUCCCCCGAGACUUCCGACGCGUCGCGCCAUUCGCACAGCCCGUUGUAGCGCUCAGCUGGCGACUCGCGAUGACUUUGCGUCAUCUCUCCUGGACUUAAGCAUUUUGCAGGCUCGUCAGGAGCGACUCACGAGACACAUCAACGGCCUGCGUCGUCUUCUCGCUCUGCUCUCUGACCAUGAUCGCACCCUACCCAUCAUCCCUAUUCGACUAGGGACAUCUACGAGGGUGUACCACGCUUUAUGGGACUCUGGCUCGCAGGGAGAUUUCGUUCACCCUCGAGUGGUUGAGGAAGCUCGCCUAGCUACCUCUGUGUCUCGCUCUCCUACCUCCGUUACCCUCGGAGAUAACAAGACGCAGCGCUUCUUCGAUCAGACGGUCCCCGACCUCCACUUCUCCCUCACCCUCCAGCCAUCGGAUAGUACCCAGACGCCUAGGCGCUACCAUUCCUCCGCAUACUUCGACGUGUUGGAGACUGGGUACGACUUUAUCCUUGGCACUCCCUGGUCUCGCCGGUUCCGUGGCACAGAGGCCGAAUGGGCGACCGAGACACUCGUUCUCAAAAUGAAGUGUGGUGAGACUCAUCGCAUCUCGCUCAUUGGAACCACGGGCGACACCCCGCCCGACCUACCUCCCCAGGACCCUCGUCCCUCAGGGUCCCACCCCGACAUUGCGUUCACUUCCCCUCGUCAGUUUGCUCACUUCAUACGACAGGAGGACGUCACGUUCUACUCAGUGAACAUCAUUGAUCUUCGCUAUGAUCCACUCUGUCCCGAGGUUGAGCUCAUCUCUCUGGAGCCCGAUCCCCCUGACCCUCCUCCCAUCUUCGAGGCUCCCAUCUCUACAUCCACUCGUCAGCCUGCGUAUACCCCCUCCACGUCUCAGGCCCCUGCGUCGUCGACUGUCGAGUCCACACAUACGUCUCAUGUUGACGCUGACGAUGAGGAACUCACACGGUUCACGGCAGACUUAAAGCCCGCCGUUCACGACCUGAUUCGAGAGUACCGCGGCGUCUUCCCCCCAUAUUUCUCAUACAGCGGGAUUCCCCCGAUGCGCGGUGUUGAGCAUUCUAUUCAGCUCAUGCCUGAAUAUCGUGUUCACCAUCAGGCACCGUACCGACUCUCGAUUCCAAAGGCGAUGGAACUCAAGCGUCAGCUUGAGGAGCUCCUUCGACUGGGUUUCAUUAAACCGAGUAACUCCCCUUGGGGUGCACCUGUCCUCUUUGCUCACAAAGCGGACGGAACUCUCCGCCUCUGCAUCGACUAUCGCGGCCUUAAUCGUUACACGGUUAAGAACAGCUAUCCCAUGCCCCGCGCGGAUGAGCUGUUUGACCGUCUGGCAGGCAACCGCUUCUUCACGAAGAUCGAUCUUCGUAGCGGUUACCAGCAGAUCCGCGUUGCCGCAGAGGACCAGCCGAAGACCACCUUCCGGUUGCGCUUCGGCCAUUACGAGUUCACGGUGAUGCCAUUCGGCCUCACCAAUAUACCCGCCACCUUCGAGACGACAAUGAACGAUAUCUUCGGGGACAUCCUUGAGGAAUACGUUCUCGUAUACCUGGACGACAUCUUGGUCUACAGUCGUACCUUAGAAGACCAUAUCAGGCACCUCCGUGAUGUCCUACAGCGCUUACGCAAGCAUGGCUUUUAUGCCAAGCUCAGUAAGUGCCGCUUUGCCCAGCGCAAAGUGGACUUCCUAGGACACCAUGUGUCUGACUGGGGUCUCCACAUGGACGACGCGAAGAUCACUGCUAUUGCAGAGUGGCCCGUCCCCACAUCUGUCAAGCAGCUUCGCAGUUUCCUAGGCCUCACCAGCUACUAUAGUAAUUUCAUCCAGGGAUACGCUAGUUUCACCACUCAGCCCAUCAAGGGUGAAACUAACCGCGUCGCCGAUGCCUUGUCCCGCCGUCCUGAUCACAAUCAGGAAACCAUCCAUCUUGCUGCCAUCUCCAUCACCACUGUUGAUCAGUCGGUGAUCGACGCAUAUCGCACCCAGUACUGUCACAACCCGGAUUAUCGCAUCAUCCACGCAACCCUGCGGAGUGGUAAGACCGUUCCCUCAUACUCCCUCGGUGAGAACGGUCUCGUGUACUGGCAUGGCAGAUUUGGUCAGCUAGAACCACGUAUCUGCAUUCCCUUCACCGGACAGCUCCGCGUCCAGGCUGUAGCAGAGUUCCAUGAUCAGGCAGUUGUCGGUCAUAUGGGCUUCCACAAGACGUUGGCUCAUGUUUGUCGCCUAUACGUUUGGCCGAAGUCCAAGGACUUCGUCAAAGCCUACAUCCAGGAGUGUCCUACCUGCCAGGAGGUGAACAGUGCAAACCACCUUCCGUAUGGGUUACUUCAGCCCUUACCCAUACCCGAGGGUCGUGGGCAGUCCAUCUCGAUGGAUUUCAUUGGUCCCCUCCGCCCACCCACUGAGCGCGGUCAUGAUGCUAUCUCGGUCAUCGUCGAUCGCUUCACGAAGCGUGCACGUUUUGUCCCGUGCCGCUAUCGCAUUAGCGCUCGUGAGGUCACCAACAUCGUCUUCGACCGAGUCGUGAGAGAUCACGGCUUACCUUAGAGCAUCAUCUCCGACCGUGACCCGCGCUUUACCAGCACAUUCGGGCGACGCCUACACGAGGUGUACGGAUCCCAUCUCCGCU